AAAAAAAAGGCUAUGUAUCAAAGGAUGACUGCAUAAUCCUAAAAUUAAAAGAAAAUAUCACCAUUCCAUCAUGGUACCGCAAAGCACCCCGCAACCAACCUUUCCCUCUCUACUCUCUCUCUACAUCCCCUUCUCCCAUUCCGAAUGAUCCUCCGCACAACCGGUAGCAUUACGCAAUGGCUACUAGAAAGUCCCAGCCACAGGAAAUGGUCCAGGUUGACCGUUCUGAGAGAACUGGUACACCGUUUUGGAAAGGACGAUCAGUAUCCCAUAACCAAGGGUCUCCCAAACACAACAACAAUCAGAAUACUGUCGUUGGUUCUUCAUAUUCCCAUGCUAAUAUUAUAAAAGGUAAAUCGCAGCAGCAUGCGUGCCCGCGGACAUCCUCGCGAUCUUCUUCUACUAAUUCCCAACACUUUGCGCCAUCCACUCAUCAACCUACAUCGUGGGUCACUUCUCCACGUAGGUCAUACACCGGCAUCAUGAACCAGGGGAUCGAAUCUUGGAGUCACGAUCAAACGGAAGACGAAGAUGAAGACGAAGAUGAGGACAUUGUUUAUGAUGAUGAUGAGGAUGAGUUCGGACUUCCCAGUAUUUCCAGCAUGCGGAAGAAGCAGACUGGGGAUGCCGAUUCUCUUCCAUCCAAGAGUGUUGACCGGGGAGGUCGAGUUGGAAGCAGCGCCACGACCCUCAGUGUUGGUUUAGGGAACAGUAGGCAACGUGCCAACAGCUCAGAUAUUGCAGAAGAACGAGGGGCUCCCAUGUACCCAACAGCCAGAAAGGGGGAGGGGAAAAUACUGCGGCCUCAAUAUAAAGACAUUUUACGAGAUCCUGCAAACGCCCUGAACCUUAUUAACCAUGCCCUGCCCCCCAAGAGUGCAACUCCAAAAGAAAUGGACAUAUACACCAGCCGCAUUUCGAGAAUCAACAAGUUUAAGCGCCUUCUGCAGACUAGUACGGUUCCUUUGGCAGAACUGAGAAACCUAGCAUGGUCGGGAGUCCCCGAUGAAGUACGGGCGAUGACAUGGCAACUUCUCCUGGGCUAUCUUCCAACAAAUAGUGAACGACGUAUUUCAACCCUCGAAAGAAAGCGUAGGGAGUACUUAGAUGGUGUUCGCCAGGCUUUCGAGCGCAGCAGUGCCGCAGGUACUGGGAACCCGCCUGCUUCGACAACGGGGCGCGGCCGAGGGCUAGACGAGGCUAUAUGGCAUCAGAUUAGCAUAGAUGUCCCCCGCACUUGUCCACAUAUUCAGCUCUACAGCUAUGAAGCUACUCAACGUUCUUUAGAAAGGAUCCUCUAUGUUUGGGCUAUCCGACACCCGGCUAGCGGCUAUGUGCAAGGGAUCAAUGAUCUUGUCACGCCAUUCUGGCAAGUCUUUCUAGGUGUUUAUGUCACGGACCUCAAUGUUGAAGAGGGGAUGGAUCCGGGUCAAUUGCCCAGGAGCGUACUGGAUGCCGUUGAAGCGGAUACAUUCUGGUGUCUUACGAAACUCCUUGACGGUAUCCAGGACAAUUAUAUUUAUGCUCAGCCGGGUAUACACCGGCAGGUCAGAGCAUUGCGUGACUUGACUUUGCGCAUUGAUGCGACCCUUGCGAAGCAUUUAGAAAAUGAAGGUGUUGAGUUCAUGCAAUUCAGUUUCCGAUGGAUGAACUGCUUGCUCAUGCGAGAGAUGAGCGUUCAGAAUACAAUACGGAUGUGGGACACGUACAUGGCCGAGGAGCAAGGCUUCUCACGUUUCCACCUAUAUGUGUGUGCUGCAUUUCUAGUUAAAUGGUCAGAGCAGUUGAUAAAAAUGGACUUCCAGGUACGCGCUUUCGUGGAGAAGGUCGUGACGUGGAAGUUAGUACUAAGUGGACAUAGGAAGUGAUGAUGUUUCUGCAA